AUGUCGGAUGGAUGGACUGAUAAAAAAAGGCGUAGUAUUUGUAAUUUCUUGGUGAACAGCCUUAAAGGAACAGUUUUUCUUUAUUCAUUGGACACUUCUGACAUCUCGAAAACAACGAAUAAAGUUGUCAAAAUGCUAGAAGAUGCCGUAGAAUUUGUUGGUGAAGAGAAUGUAGUCCAAAUUGUUACAGAUAAUGCUGCUAAUUAUAAGGCUGCUAGAGAAAGAAUGAUGGAGACUAGAAAAAGUUUGUACUGGACACCAUGUGCUGCACACUGCAUAGAUUUGAUAUUGGAGGAUUUUGAAAAGAAGCUAAAGGUGCAUGAAACAACCAUAAAAAAGGGAAGAAAAAUCACCACUUUUAUCUACUCCCGGAGUAUGCUCAUUAGCAUGUUGAGGAAUUUUACAAAGGGAAAGGACUUGGUUCGGCCAGGUGCCACAAGAUUCGCCACUGCCUAUUUGACUCUCACUUGUCUUCAUGAUAAUAAAGGACCGUUGAUGACUAUAUUUACUUCUGCUGAUUGGAAGACAACUAAGGUUGCAUCAAUGCCUGAAGGAAUAAGAGUCCAAAACAUGGCCUUGGAUAGUAGGCUAUGGAAGAAUAUUGUCAUAUGCCUCAAAGCUGCUGCUCCUCUCAUUACAGUCCUUCGCUUGGUUGAUUCAGAUGAAAAACCAGCCAUGGAUUUCAUCUUUGAAGGCAUGAGAAACGCCAAAGAAACAAUCAAGACUAACUUCGGUUGUGUUAAAAAGAGAUCAUCUUGA